AUUUUUCAUGCGAAGGAGCGACCACUGUGCGAAAAACGUUUUUCUAUGUUUCAUGCACGAAUAUCAAAUAUUCUCAUUGGAUAAUUUGUUUGCUCGAUGAGUCCUAAUCCGACAGGUACUCCUAUGAAGUUCUUUGUAAGUAAGUUUUUUUUUUAGAAGAAUGAUUUCUGUAUAGAUAAACCGACUUACGAACGGAAAUUACUCACCUGUUGCUCAGAAAAUGUGGGAGAGACCCUGCCAACGGAACUCAUCAAGAACUCGUAUUCAAGUGGGUGUUUAGCUGCCAGAGGAGUGAGCUCUAUGAAAGUACUCGGCAAAGUGAAUGGUAACUCAGAUCUUUCCGAUGAUAAUUCAGAAAUCGACAUUGAAGAUCGCUCUUCACCCGAUUCGGAUCUGCUACAUAGCCAUCACUAUGGCACAACAGCCAACAACAGCGCCCAAUUGCAUUUUAUGGUCAGCGAAUCCAGCGUUGAGUCGAAUCAGCAUUCACCCAACUCCGGUGAGCGCGGCAACAAUCACAAUCCGAACUCUACCACCGCCACCACUUCCAACGCAUCCACCAAUAAUCAUUUGGAACCGCCCACAACACACCUGCCAUCGCACGGAUAUGUUGGCGGCGGCGGCGAUGGUGGUGGUGGUUUGGGUUUUGGCGAGCACAUGCACAGCAGCAAACUGGGUUUGAGUUUGAAUAAAAGUGGGCGCAAACCAAGAAGGCGACGCACCGCCUUCACACAUGCACAGCUCGCCUAUCUGGAGCGUAAAUUUCGUUGUCAGAAAUAUUUAUCUGUUGCCGAUCGCAGCGAUGUGGCAGAGACGCUCAGAUUGUCCGAGACGCAAGUGAAAACUUGGUACCAGAAUAGACGCACUAAAUGGAAACGUCAAAAUCAGCUGCGGCUCGAGCAGUUGCGUCAUCAAGCGACACUAGAAAAAGAAUUUGUGGGCGAUGGCACUUCCGGCACAGGAUUGGGUUGUUGUCCGACGGGAUUAUCGACUUUUAGCACAACGAAUCCUUGCAAUUUUCUCACUUCUGCGGCGGCGGCGGCGAUUUUCCGUAAUGUGAGCUAUGUGCACGGCUGCCCGCUGUAAGGCAAGAGGACGCGUGGCUAUGGAAAUUAGUGAAAAUUUAAUUUAGUUAAAGUGAUUUUUUUGUUUUUGUUUUUUUUUUUUACUGUAAAUAAGCGUUAAAGAAUUUUCAGUUGCUGUGCAAUAAUUAUUUAAGCUUUUAAAAAAAAUCGAGCAUAGCAGUUUAAGAAAAUCAGUAAUAAAAAUUGCUGAGAAAAAGUAUGGUAGAAAAAUAAAAAUUGCGGUAGCAAAAACACAAAAAAAAUAAAAAAUUAAUAGUAUAAAGAUCAAAAAUUAGGUAUGA